AUGUUGACACUCACCAUUCCUCGUGUUGCCCUUCGUUCGGCCACAGCCCCACGUCAGUUUGCUGCCGCAGCCGCUGCAGCUUCAACAGUUCGAUUUGCGUCAACGAAGACGCUUACUGAGGCUGUGAGCGAGACAGUGCCGGCCAAGCGUGAGCAGCUCGCUAAGCUGAAGGCCGAACACGCGGAGACGAAGCUUGGUGAUAGCACGGUGGGCCACCUGCUGGGUGGUAUGCGUGGCCUUAAGUGCAUGCUGUGGGAAGGCUCUGUGCUUGACGCCGAGAGCGGUAUUACGUUCCACGGAAAGAGCAUUCCCCAGUGCCAGAAGGAACUGCCAAGUGCGAAGGACAUUGGCCGUCCUGGUAAGGAGAUGUUGCCUGAGUCGAUGCUUUGGCUCCUGCUGACAGGCAAGGUUCCGACGGUUGAAGAAGCGAAGGGUCUGUCGCAGGAUCUUGUCUCGCGCGCUAAGUUGCCGAACUACAUCGAGAAGCUGAUUGACACGUUCCCCAAGUCCCUUCACCCUAUGACCCAAUUUUCGACUGCUGUCGCGGCGCUCAACCACGACAGCAAGUUCGCUGCCGCUUACAACGCCGGUGUGAAGAAGACGGAAUUCUGGCAACCAACCCUCGAAGACUCGCUUGACCUUAUUGCUCGUCUCCCAGCUGUUGCUGCCCGCAUUUACUACAAUGUGUUUGGCAAGGGUGACGGCAAGCAGAACGUGGACCCAAGCAUGGAUCUGGCGGAAAACUUCACUCACAUGCUUGGCUAUGGUGACAAGGAAGGUCUCGUAGACUACAUGCGUCUGUACAUCUCAGUGCAUGGUGACCACGAAGGUGGCAAUGUGUCGGCCCACACGGCUCACCUGGUUGGCAGUGCCUUGUCGGACCCAUACCUUGCGUAUUCUGCUGCGUUGAACGGUCUCGCCGGCCCUCUGCACGGUCUUGCUAACCAGGAAGUGCUGAACUGGAUUCUCGAGCUCGAGAAGGAGGUUGGCUCUGACCCAAGCGACCAGCAGAUCAUUGACUCGCUCUGGUCGACGCUCAAGAGUGGCCGUGUCGUUCCUGGUUACGGCCACGCUGUCCUGCGUCAGCCAGACCCACGUUUCACGGCUUUGUCGGGCUACUGUGACACUCGACCUGAGCUUCAGAAGUCGCCAACUGUCAAGCUUGUUCAGCGCCUCUCGCACCUUGCUCCACCAGUGUUGACGGAACACGGCAAGACGAAGAACCCCUUCCCUAACGUGGACGCUGGCUCGGGUGCGCCUCUGUACACCUACGGUCUUGACGAGUUCAAGUUCUACACGGUGCUCUUCGGUGUGUCUCGUGCCUUUGGUGCAUUGCCUCAGCUUGUCUACGACCGUAUGCUUGGUCUCCCCAUUGAGCGUCCCAAGUCGCUUUCGAUGGAUGCUCUCGAAGCUCUCUUGAAGAAGUAA